UUACUCUGAGAAGAAAAAUGUACCAUUUAAAACAUUUUUAGAGUCCUGUAAUUUUGGAGCUGAAAGGGACUCUAGAGAUUGUCUGGUCUGAUCCUAUAUUGUGAAUAAGUUACUGAGCAUGAGGUCCAGAGUGUGAAGAACACUACUCAGGAAAGUCCCUCAGCCAGUGAGUGCUAGUACAGAUCUGGAAAAGCCCCGGGGUGACAUGAAGGGUCCCAGAAGAGAGAUGCUCACAGCUGAUUUUUCUGAGGCAUUAGGGUAGCUUCUGUACCACUUUUUGUGGCUAAUUGCUCCAGUUACCUCUAAGUCUCUGUGGCUAGGAGAUAAGACUGGCCUCCUGCCUUCCACAGGAUUAUGUUUUAGUUUGGGAAACAAGAUUUAUAAAUAAUGAAUUAGCCAAGACAGUAUAUUAGGUGUGAGAUGACAAUACAGGACAGUACGGUUUGUAGCUAUUUUGGUGGUGAUUGGCUGUCAUUGGUGUGAUUAAAGUAAGUUUUAUGAAGACAUGGGAUUUGACUGGCCUCCCAGAAAGACUAAAGGACUGGCAUUGGAGAAGGCAUUCCAGGCAGGGAGAGUUAAAUUGGUCUAAAUUGAAGCUCAGCAGCUGGAGAUUACAAUAUGUGAAAGAUCUUUGGCUGGAGAUGGGGGUUCAGUGGGAGACUUAUUAGUUGGAGCCACAGCUUAAGUCAAAUUCCAAUAUGACAGAUCUUAGUUAGAUAUUUUAGGAUUGUGCUACAAAACUGGUAGUAUCCAUUGUGAUAGCUUUACUGCAAUAGUCUUUGGCCUCUUGCAGUAAAAUAGGGUUUGUUUCAAUUUCACCUAUUUGUACUGCCUCUCUUUUCUGAAUUUCUAAUUUUCCAAUUUUUACUUUUAAUUUCUCUCUGUGUUCAAAUUUCUGUUGGUGCUUUUCCCUUAACUCCUCUCCAUCUAUCAGACACUCAGAGCUACUAUAGAAUAUGGGAGGAGGAUUUGGAACAUAAACUGACCUACAAGUGAAUUUCCCCAGGUGGAUGAUAAACUCCACUGCAGGCCACAGAGGGGCCUCGUCAUUCCAGCAAUCUGGCCAGGCUGACAGACUCAUAGCCUGUGGGGGCAGGGGAGGGUGUAGGGGCCGGUAUUUCUCGGGCUAGUGACGAACUGCCUGAUUCUUUGCAGCCUAGACAGAGGAGGAAGGAGCCCUGGGGGCAGGCUAAUCGCCUGGGCUGGGGAUGCCUGGGCAGAUGCAGAGGCAGCUGGAAAGGUGGCACCGCACCUUGGUUGCUGGAGCUGCCGCUGUUCCUAGGAGACCAAGGAGCAGCAAGCCUGCGGGGGAGGGGGAGCAAGUAGGUUGCUGCUUUUAGCAGCUGAAAGGGCUGCAGGGAGCUCUGGGUAAGACAUUUUCUGCUGCUGCUGCUUUUGCGGUAGAAGCUGCCACGAGUAAGUCAGAGGAAGGAGGAUUGAGAAGGGAGGAGGCUUCACUUGCAGCCAUGCUGAAUCACUGUUGCUGAUCAGAUCUCCCACUGGUCUGCUGGGAGAAUCAAGAACAGAGCUAGGAUCCCUGGGUGCAUGCACAGUUUAGCAGCUACCACCCUGGCUGGGCCUCACACAAUGGAGGGUGAAAGCAUCAAGCUGAGCCCCCAGACUCUGAUGCAGGCUGGGGAUGAUGAGAAGAACCAGAGGACGAUCACUGUCAACCCCGCCCACAUGGGGAAAGCAUUCAAGGUUAUGAAUGAACUGCGGAGUAAACAGCUGUUGUGUGACGUGAUGAUUGUGGCAGAAGAUGUCGAGAUAGAAGCCCACCGUGUGGUCCUGGCAGCCUGCAGCCCCUACUUCUGUGCGAUGUUCACAGGUGACAUGUCUGAGAGUAAAGCCAAAAAGAUAGAAAUCAAGGACGUGGAUGGGCAGACGCUGAGUAAGCUGAUCGACUACAUCUAUACUGCUGAAAUCGAGGUGACCGAAGAGAAUGUCCAGGUGCUGCUACCAGCAGCCAGCUUGCUACAGCUUAUGGAUGUUCGGCAGAACUGCUGUGAUUUCCUGCAGUCUCAGUUGCAUCCCACAAAUUGCCUGGGGAUCCGUGCAUUUGCAGAUGUGCACACCUGCACUGACCUUCUGCAGCAGGCCAAUGCGUAUGCAGAGCAGCACUUUCCAGAGGUGAUGCUAGGAGAAGAGUUUCUUAGCCUGAGUCUGGACCAGGUAUGCAGCUUGAUAUCCAGCGACAAGCUGACCGUCUCUUCAGAAGAGAAGGUGUUUGAAGCUGUGAUUUCGUGGAUCAAUUAUGAGAAAGAAACCCGCUUAGAGCACAUGGCAAAGCUGAUGGAACAUGUCCGACUCCCUCUCUUACCUAGGGACUACCUAGUUCAGACAGUUGAAGAAGAAGCUUUGAUAAAGAAUAACAACACCUGUAAAGACUUCCUCAUUGAGGCCAUGAAAUACCACCUUCUUCCUCUGGAUCAGAGGCUGUUGAUUAAGAACCCAAGGACCAAGCCCAGGACUCCGGUCAGCCUUCCCAAGGUCAUGAUUGUGGUUGGCGGCCAGGCACCCAAGGCAAUCCGCAGUGUGGAAUGCUAUGAUUUCGAGGAGGACCGGUGGGAUCAGAUUGCUGAGCUUCCCUCCAGGAGAUGCAGAGCAGGUGUGGUGUUCAUGGCUGGCCACGUGUAUGCUGUGGGAGGGUUUAAUGGCUCACUGCGGGUGCGGACAGUGGAUGUGUAUGACGGCGUGAAGGACCAGUGGACAUCCAUUGCCAGCAUGCAGGAGCGCCGGAGCACGCUGGGUGCGGCAGUGCUCAACGACUUGCUCUACGCGGUGGGAGGCUUUGAUGGCAGUACUGGCCUAGCAUCGGUGGAAGCCUACAGCUACAAGACCAACGAGUGGUUCUUUGUGGCCCCGAUGAACACGCGGCGGAGCAGUGUGGGUGUGGGCGUUGUGGAGGGGAAGCUGUAUGCUGUUGGGGGUUAUGAUGGAGCUUCCCGCCAGUGUCUUAGCACUGUGGAGCAAUACAACCCAGCGACCAAUGAGUGGAUAUACGUGGCAGACAUGAGCACCCGCCGCAGUGGCGCAGGUGUUGGAGUGCUCAGCGGACAGCUGUAUGCCACAGGUGGGCACGACGGGCCUUUGGUGAGGAAGAGCGUUGAAGUUUACGAUCCUGGAACAAAUACCUGGAAGCAAGUGGCAGACAUGAACAUGUGCCGGCGCAAUGCAGGGGUCUGUGCAGUGAAUGGGCUCCUGUAUGUUGUUGGAGGGGAUGAUGGAUCCUGCAACUUGGCUUCGGUGGAGUACUACAAUCCUGUAACUGACAAAUGGACGCUGCUUCCAACCAACAUGAGCACAGGGCGGAGCUAUGCAGGUGUUGCCGUGAUUCACAAGUCCUUGUGACCCAAAUUCCCACUGCCAGGAGGUGGAGGAAGGAGCAGGUGCUGCUUGUGACUCUGAACAGUAGGACCGUGGUGACUGACUGGAUUCAACUCACUGGGCAGGGUCUGUGCUGCUGUGAGAACUGCUCUCCUCUGACUUGGCAGACUGGUGUCGUUCGUCACCGUGUGGACACCGUUACUCACCCCCUGCUUCCCUGAGGUGCUUUGGCCUAUGCCCUGAGCAGGGGGUUCCUGACAGCCCCAGGCAGCACCUUUGGGCUUUGUUUUGGUAUUUCUACAGGGAGAACACAGAACCUGGAACGUGUGUGUGUGUGUGUGUGUGUGUGUGUGUGUGUGCAGAACACGGUGUUUCUCUAAGUUGGGUGGUGAGCGUGUGUGACAGUCUACUGGAUUUCUUUACUACUGAUCCUUUCACUAUGUUAAGAAUCAAAUCUCAGCGACAUCUCUUUUGGAUUUGUCCCAUGGGGACCCUGAGACUACUAAAGCUGCUUUCUUCUGAAGGUCCAGUUGGACACUCUGGGAAUGUCCAGAAAUAACCAGUGAGAGGGGCAGUUCUCUGGCCACGCCCACUUAUCUACUUGACCACUGCGACUUUGUCUGCAGAAGAGCUGGAGAAUUCUCAAAGCUGCACCGUGUCCUUCCUCUGUGUGCUAGAAUAAGGGACAAGUGGGGUUCCCUGUGAUUCUCAGCCAGCUGUUUUUCCUUGAGUUCUCCUCUAGGAAGCAGAUGAGAACUGCCCAGUCUUCAUGUCUAGGCUGUUGGUCUUUGAUGCCAUAGAUUCCAGGCCUGGGAGAUGUGAUGUCUCUUUAGCUGGGAAAACUAGCUCUUCAGAGAAGCCUCCGGUAACACACUGGAAAAAAAAUAAACAGGAAAAAAACAAACAAAAAACCAAAGUGGUAAGGAUUCAGCUCCUGCCUAUAACGGUCUCAGAGAAGGGUCCUACUUUUAGGUUUUCCCAGGACAGGACAGUCCCCAUUUAUACUUAUUAUCCAAGCUUAAUUAUUCACAGCACCCCAUUUUACUCUCAGAAGUGUCUGGUUUGGAGGAUAAAUAAGAGGUCACCCUCCUCCAAACCCAAAGAUAGAUUUGUCCCUGUGUUAGAUAGGGUUGUGUGUGAUUCAGAUGGACGUUGUUUGACUUCAAAGGAAUAUACCACUAGAGCUGGCCCUUGGCGCUUUGUGACAGUGGUCAAGUCUGUCUUAUGUCCUUGUCUUCUUUUUCCUGUGCUUUCCCCGUAUUCCAGGGUGUGCACCCUCUCCCCAACCCCUAAGGACCUCCACUCCUACUUUCCCCGUGGGGUAGGAGAUAAUCAGUGGGCCCUGGAUUUGAGGCCUCCUAAGGGGUGCUUGCAUUUUAAAAAAAGAGCUUGAUGAGAGCUUUGCUAAUUCACAGGUAAAAAUUAUUAAUGAUAGAACUUCAGGCAUCUUGAGGGGUGGGCAUUUGAAGGUGUAUGGAGUAAUUUGUAUUUAAAAAAACCUUAAAAGUUGUGCUGUUCCUAAAUUAGCAAAUUGCUUAUGCUGGAAUUUGUGGCAUAAGCAGGGGAAGUCUUGUGUCUGGAGAUUAGUCUCAUACCUUGCAGUCUGGGACACCCUCCUUAAUGUCAGAAUCCACCUACAGGAAGCCAAGGAACUGCAUAAAUGUUGAUAUUGGACUUCCGAUACGACUGGGCUACUUUCAAGCAGGCACUGCGGGAGGUUGGCAUCCCCUAUCCCCUGCAGUGAGAAACCCAGGAGUCUUCCCAGCCAGUGGGCCACUUUGUGCAUUUACUAUAUAUUUAUUAUGCCCUAAAUGUGCAACUCUCCUAAAGACAAAACUUCUCUUUCUGAUGUUAAGCACAUGUUACUUCAACAAGAUGCUUGGAGAACAACAAGUUGCCCAGAAUUUUUAGAAGCCUUCGGAAGAGGCUACAGUAUCCAGCUUUGGUGGACCUGGAAGAAAUGUCUCCAAAGGAAGCAAGGCAUGCUUUAGUUGAGUGGGAAUGACUGUGGCUUCUGAACUCGACCUGGCUGUGGGUUGGAAGCUGAUGGGUUAAGCUUUUUGUUCUAAAUGUCCUUUCUCCUGCUCUGAAGAAAUUUUGAGACUCGUUUGGGUGUGUCUGUGUGAUGGGGAUGAGGUUGGGGUUGGGAUCUGAUGAAUGCCAGUCACAGAAGCUCUCAAUUUCAGGUGAUAGGUGAAUUCCCUGCCCUUCCCCACCACUGAGAAGCUAGAUUUUCAUGCUGGAGAGGUUAUUUUUUAUGUGUCAUCUUCCCGAGGAAGGCUCCCUCCACUGAAAGCUAGCCAGUCAUGUUUUCUGCUUUUGGAUUUUUGCAGUUGGUUUCACCUCACGCCUUCCUUCCUAUAAAGCACUGCCUCUGCUGAGUGCGCUGCUGAGGCUGUUUGCAUUUCACCCUCGUGUGUCCUUUCUCACGGGGACCAGAACACUGGUACGUCAUCACCAAAGCCAAUCUGCUCUAGCUGCCCACAGAUGCCACCCAAAACCUGCUAUCUCUUCAUCGCCAGGUACGAUUCUCUUUCCACAGUGGACACAGCAGGCUAUUUUCUAGUUUGUGUUGGUCACAUGGUAGACGAAGCCUUUUCCUGCCCCCCUUAGGGUGGCCACGGCUGCUUGUGAAUGCAGCUUUGCCAGUGGAGUAUCUGUCAUCUGAUUGCGGUGGUGAAAUGGAAUUGAGGCCCAAGGUUAGAAGCAGCCGAGAUGCCACCUGGAUACUAAUUUAAACAAUGUAGAAGUCAGAUUCUGAAUUCCAAAGUGAUUUCUCCUAAGUACCCAAUGACAUCUCUCCAUCUACAAAGUUGCAGUAUUAUGCAAAUGAAAGUGACCUCAUUUUCUGCUAUGCAAUAAGAAUACUUAAUUCUAUUUCCCAACAAGCCAGUUGCAAUAUCCCCUAAGAUGCUUUUGAGCUGUCUUACUUUGAUAUCUGUUGUGUAAUGUUUGUAUAUUUCUGAGCCAGAUCCUUUCAAAGAUGGCCUUUUUAUAAAAUUGAAGCUAUAGCUUUUAGGCUAAAAUUUUAAUGUAGAUAUUUUUAUAAGAUUUUUUUUCAAGAUAUUUGAAUCGCUUUUUAUUGUCCAUGAUAAUGAAAUGUUAUAUUCUUUGCACCAUUCACUCUCAUAGUUCAUGCCUGUAGCUCUCCUCCUUUUUCUCAUCCUCCAGAAACGUAUUUUUCAGUAGCUCCAGGUAGAUGAGCCAUUUUUAAAAAAUACCAUAUUCAAGGGAGUCUGCUGAAUUUUAAAACACAGUUGCUGGUGUUUCUUGAAUUGCUAGGGACUGAUGUUAAGCUCGACUCAGCACUUGCCCAUCUGUAUUGAUUUUCUUUUUUUUUUUUUUUAGUCUGUUUUCUGUGGGGGUGAGGCUCCCACUGAGUGGCACUGAGCCUGGCACCCUGUGGCAUGGAGAAGCCCCAGGGAAAGGCCUGCCCCCCAGCACAUACUCCCAUAGCAUCCUACGUCCAGCUGACCAUUCCUUAUUCUCUUCUGUCUCCUUGUUCAUCUGAAGCUUCCAUUAGCUUGAGGCCUUUGCUGCUGGAUGAUGCCCUUUUUGGGAGCAUCUUGUCUGUAAACUUUAAAAGUGGGGGUCAGUCCUCAUGAUCCCCGCUAAGAAUGUGUCAGGCAUGUGCUUUGCAGAUGCUCACACUACACUUACAACUUGCUUCUUGAUCUGUGUCUGUGCCCCAGGUUCUGUUUUGUGUAUUUAUCUGCCAUUAGCAUUAUGGUUUUUAAAAUUUAUCAUUAUUGUUGGGACAGGUGCCAUUUAAAUUGCCUCCACGCUCCCCAUUUGCACCUAGCUGGAUGAAGCUGGGCGGUUGAGCAAACUCAUAUUCCACUUAGUUGGAGUUUUUAAGGCUCUGUUUGCCUGGAGAAGCAAGGAGGUUAGAAUGUAUUUUUAAGUGUUUGCACUAUUUAGAGUCCUAAGCCCCUCAUGUUCAGCUGUGCUGUGUUUCUCCUGACCAAGCAGGAGAGCCAGCAGCACUUCCAGCAUUUGGGAAUGGAAGAGAUUUCUUCUGUAGUGGAUAAUCACAGUCUCAUAGCCCCUGUGCAGCCUUCGUCACGGGUCUCAGUGACUCAUGGAUAUAGCAUCAGCCAUGGCAGGAAUGCACAGGACUGUGGCAUUUGCAGCAUCAAAUUGACCUAUUGCCAUGUUUGGUUUUGAGAUUGUAAAUUAUUCACUCCCCCCAUCCCCCCGUUUUCAGUGGCAAUAGAGGACCCUUGUUGGACUUCUUCUUUGAUUUGCAUAUUACAUGUAGAAUACUUUCUUUGAAAGAAAACUGAAGACAUUGAAUGUUUAUGUCUGUGUGGGUGUUCUGUCCCUGUGGUUGUCAUAGGCAGUCAGACUUGAUCACUGACACCCCGUACAACAUAUUGCAUAGGUAAGAUUCUCGAUCUGGUGUUCUCUGCAUGGCUGUUAGGGACUGUAUAUCUUGUAAAAGAAUCCUUGUCACAUGCUUGAUCAGUUACAGCGAUAGCUGAAUAAACAUUUCCUCAAAUGUAUUAUUUUAACAGGAAUCAUGUUCUAAUUUCCCAUCCUUUAAUUUUAAUAAAAGCUGAACUGUGUAAACUUU